GAGGCGGGGCUACGCAUGCAGAUUACCCCGGCCCGCCCCCAACGGCGCGGGGCCUUGUGGGCCGAGCAUGCGCAGAGGCGCCCGCACGGGGUCACCAUGGCGGCUCGUGUCCUCCUGCUCGCCUCCUCGGCCUGCGCCCGGCGCGGCUGCCGCCGCCUCCUCCACCUCGCCCCGCGGGGCCGCCCCCUCCUCCCUCCGCCGGGAGCAGCCAGCUUGGCGCCCGGGAUUGCUCCCCUCCCGGGGCCCGCGAGGCUCGCGCCGCAGGCCACGGGGGCGCUCUUCCAGCUGUGGCGCCACUAUGCAGACCUGCCACCACUGACCCUGGAUGGCAUCAAAGAGCGGGUCCUUUAUGUCUUGAAACUGUACGAUAAGAUCGACCCAGAGAAGCUCACAGCAGAGUCCCACUUCAUGAAAGACCUGGGCUUGGACAGUCUAGACCAAGUGGAAAUAAUCAUGGCUAUGGAAGAUGAAUUCGGCUUUGAAAUUCCAGAUGUGGAAGCAGAGAAGCUGAUGUGUCCGCAAGAGAUCGUAGACUACAUUGCUGAUAAGAAUGACGUGUAUGAAUAAGUGUUUCUGCCAGGCUAAGCAGUUCUGUUCUGCCCUGAGGGCUCCAAUGAUGACGUCAGCAGGAGGGGGGGCCCCUGGACAAGCAACCCCCCAGCGCCCUUCUGAAUCACCAUUCCUCUUGGAUGAAGAGAUCUCUUGGCUGCUGUAUUUAAAGUUGUAUAAAUAUGUGUUGGCCUUCACAAUAAAUCCUAAUACCAA